CAUACUGGUCCAUACUGGUCCGUACUGGUUCCAGCAUGGAUCCCCGCUCCGAUCGCGGCCGUUUCGCCUCCGUUCGCCUCCAGGGGGCGCCUCGCGCCGGCCCCGCCCCCUCGGGCCCCGCCCCUCGCGCGCUCUGGCGCCGCCUGGCGGCCAAAUGCGGCUGCUGCGGCUGCUGCGGGAAUCGCGACAGGAACCGCGACUGGGAGCCCGUCCCGGGGGAGGUGCCGGGCAGGAGAGCGGCGCAGCCCAUCCGGCCAGGCCUAUUGGCUCCCGUCAGGCUCCGCCCCGGCGCCUCGGCCAAUCGCGUGGCUCAUCACACCCAGGAGUUCGCGCAGCGCCCCCUGGUGGUCAGGAGAGGGCAGCGCUUCCACCUGGGCGUGGCCCUGCCCCGCCCCCUCCGCGAGGACGACGCCCUCUGCAUCGAGCUGACCCUGGGCCCCACCCCGCAGGUGGCCAAGGGCACACACGUGCUGGUGCCGCUGGGCGGGGCCUCGGCCACGGGCUGGACGGCCGAGCUGGACGAGGGCGUGACCGAGCCGGUGGGGGGCGUGGCCGGAAGUGACCACGCCCUGUGGGUGGGGCUGACGGCCCCGCCCACGGCUCCCAUUGGCCGCUACCGGCUGAGCGUGCGCACCAGGACCGAGGCCGGCGAGUUCGCGGCGCCCUUCGAGCCCGACAACGACGUGGUGCUGCUGUUCAACCCCUGGUGUGAGGGAAUUUCGAGGGUGAACUCCCUGGACGACAGCGGGGUGCUGGUGGGGAACUGGACCGGGGAUUAUUCCCAGGGCACCAACCCCUCGGCCUGGGCCGGCUCCGUGGGGAUCCUGCGCAGCUUCCACGGCUCCGGCGCCCCCGUGCGCUACGGCCAGUGCUGGGUGUUCGCCGGCGUGGUCACCACGGUGCUGCGCUGCCUGGGCCUCCCCACCCGCACGGUCACCAAUUACAACUCCGCCCACGACACGGACACGUCGCUGACCACCGACAUCUACCUGGACGAGGCCAUGCGGCCUCUGGAGCGGCUCAACACCGACUCCGUCUGGAAUUUCCAUGUGUGGAACGACUGCUGGAUGAAGCGCCCUGAUCUCCCCGACGGCUACGACGGGUGGCAGGUGGUGGACGCGACGCCGCAGGAGACCAGCAGCGGUCUGUUCUGCUGCGGGCCCUGCUCCGUCACCGCCGUGAAGAACGGGGAGGUUUUCCUCAAGUACGACACGCCCUUCGUCUUCGCUGAGGUUAAUAGCGACAAGGUGUACUGGCAGCGGCAGGCGCACGGCGGGUUCUCGGUGGUGCACGUGGAGCCCGGAGCCAUCGGCCGCAGGAUCAGCACCCAGGGGCCGGGAAUGGCCAGAGUGGACAUCACUGACCAGUACAAGCACCCCGAGGGUGAGGGGCCGCUCUUCCGAUCUCGGACGCUGCCCCCCGGGCAGGAGGACACGGUGACCAUGACAGUGGCCUACCCUGAGUACCAGCCCCACGUUGGGGACCAGGACGCUCUGAAGCUGACAGUGGCUGGCGCCGUGCAGGAGACGGGGCAGGUCCUGGCCAAGGAGCUGCUGGUGCGGCUGCACACGCCCGAGCUGACGCUGACGCUGCUGGGCCCGGCCGUGGUGGGACAGGAGGUCCCCGUGCAGGUGGUUUUCCAGAACCCGCUGCCCAAAGCUCUGAGCGGCGCCUCGCUGCGCAUGGAGGGAGCCGGGAUCCUCUGCCCCAAACCCGCAGCGCUGGGCUCGGUGGGGGCGGGGCAGACCCUCCGCCUGAGCCAAUCCGUGACCCCGCUCCGCGCAGGACGGCGCCGCCUGGUGGCCGCGCUGGAAAGCGCCGCCCUGCCCCCCCUGCACGGCUCGCUCCAGUUCGAGGCCGUUACUGGGAGCACUGGGAGCACUGGGAGCCUCCCCGGGGAGACCGGGAGCGGGGGGAGGGGCAGG